GUGAGGCUGAGGAUGAAGAAGGAGGCAGAGGGAUGAUGGAGAGCAAUUCCACUGCUGGAGCUGUUCUCCCCUUGCAGCAGUUCAGCAUUGCUGACCUUGUUGUGGUAGUGGCUUAUUUUUCCUUAAACGUUGGCGUGGGAAUAUGGUCUUCCUGCAGGGUGAACAGGAACACGGUCAGUGGCUAUUUCCUUGCUGGCAGAGACAUGGCCUGGUGGCCAAUCGGGGCCUCGCUCUUUGCCAGCAGCGAGGGCUCCGGGCUCUUCAUCGGCCUGGCCGGGAGCGGCGCCGCCGGGGGAAUCGCUGUCGCCGGCUUCGAGUGGAAUGCAACUUACGCUCUUCUGGCACUCGCCUGGGUGUUCGUGCCAGUCUACAUCUCAUCUGGGAUUGUCACAGUGCCCGAGUAUCUCCAGCGGAGGUUUGGAGGGGAGAGGAUCAGGAUGUACCUUUCCAGCCUGUCACUCCUGCUCUCCAUCUUCACCAAAAUCUCAACAGACCUGUACUCGGGGGCCCUCUUCGUGCAAGUGUGCCUGGGCUGGGACCUCUACCUCUCCACUGUGCUCAUGCUGGUGGUCACGGGGCUCUACACCAUCGCAGGGGGGCUGGCGGCCGUCAUCUACACCGACGUGCUGCAGACGCUCAUCAUGGUCCUGGGAGCCGUCGUGCUGGCAGUGAGAGCUUUUAAUGAGAUCGGAGGUUACCCCAACCUGGAAGAGGCCUACGGAAAAGCGGUGCCGUCCAAGAUCGUUCCCAACACUACCUGCCACCUGCCCAGAGCGGAUGCCAUGCACCUCUUCCGAGACCCGGUCUCCGGAGACCUGCCCUGGACCGGGAUGACUUUUGGGCUGUCCAUCAUGGCCACGUGGUACUGGUGCACCGACCAGGUCAUUGUCCAGCGCUCGCUCUCUGCGAAGAGCCUGAGCCACGCCAAGGCCGGCUCCAUCCUGGCCAGCUACCUGAAGAUGCUGCCCCUGUUUGUCAUCAUCAUGCCAGGGAUGAUCAGCAGGGUCCUGUACCCAGAUUCCGUGGCCUGUGUGGACCCCGAGGAGUGCACCCGUGUCUGCGGGGCCGCCGUGGGCUGUUCCAACAUCGCCUACCCCAAGCUGGUGGUGGAGCUGAUGCCCAGCGGGCUGCGGGGUCUGAUGAUCGCGGUGAUGAUGGCAGCACUCAUGUCAUCCCUGACCUCCAUAUUCAACAGCAGCAGCACCCUCUUCACCAUGGACAUCUGGAGGAAGCUGCGGCCAGGGGCCGGUGACCGGGAGCUGCUCCUCGUGGGCAGGGUGGUCACGGUGGUGCUGGUGGCCCUCAGCGUGGUCUGGAUCCCCAUCCUGCAGAGCUCCAGUGGUGGCCAGCUCUACGUCUACAUCCAGGCUGUCACCAGCUACCUGGCUCCUCCCGUCACCGCCGUCUUCGUCCUGGCUGUCUUCUGGCCCCGAGCUAACGAGCAGGGAGCUUUCUGGGGCCUGAUGGCAGGGCUGGCGCUGGGACUGGCCAGGCUGGGGCUGGAGCUGGCACACCCCACACCCCGCUGUGGGGUCCCCGACCAGCGGCCCUGGCUGCUCACUGACAUCCACUACCUGCACUUUGCUGUGCUCCUGGCCACCGCCACAGCCGCUGUCGUGGUGGGGGGCAGCCUGCUGACCCCCCCACCGCCCCCAGCCCAGCUGAAGGAUCUCACCUGGUGGACCCUCUCACAGGAGCCCCCCCAGCCCUCUGUGUGUGGCACAUCCCAGGGACCCCCCGAUGGUUCCUGCUCAUCCUACCCAGACAUCCAGCAGCCAUCCAAGGCUGUGGGACCCCCAGCUGUGGCCCUCAAGGACACCACAGAACCUCCAUUCUGGGCCCGUGUCUGCGACAUCAACGCUGUUGUCCUGAUGUGUGUCAAUAUUUUCUGUUAUGCCUAUUUUGCCUAGUGCCCAGCCAGCCCUUGGAGAGGGAGAAAGCUGCUGGGAGGGGGGGGAAAUGGGGAUUUGGGUGAUAGCUUUUAUUUGUCACACUUAGGACACGUGAUGUUUAAAUCCACUGGUGCAGUGAGCUGGGCAUUCUCAGCACUGCGGACCCUGAGUGCAUCCCAGGGGGUGUGAGGUGUGGGGGGCAUUUGUGAGGGCAGCAAGUCCCUGGGAGGGGUUUGGGACGGGGAUUUGGGUGGGAAAAUGGGAGCUUCACUUGGAACAAAUCCACAACAAAGCAGCGGGGGCAUGAAUUCAGGACAGGACCAUCUUGGCAGUGGUGGGAAAGGAGCAGUCACACUCGUGGGUGUCACCCCAACAAAUUUUACUAGCUCUAAAUAAAAAAAAAAAAUACUAUAAAGCCACAAU